CUGUCAUUAGAAGCAAGAACAGACGCAAGACACGCACUUGACGUAAAGAUGGCGGCUGCUAGAGGUGUUAAGAAAUUAUACGGCAUUGGGCUUCACGCAAUUCGUCAAAAUAAUGCGUUAAAAGCUACAACGUUUCUGCAGCAAAGAGCAUUUCGCGUAAAUGGAGCUCUUCGCCAGCAGCCGUUUGAUUCUUCAGCAGAGAAGCCGCAGUUUCCUGGGGCCUCAGCGGAGUUUAUUGAUCACCUGGAAUUUAUCCAGCCCAAUGUGAUCUCAGGAAUCCCUGUGUAUAGGGUCAUGGAUAGACAGGGCCAGAUCAUCAAUCCGUCUGAAGAUCCUAAGCUUUCGAAAGAGACGGUUUUGAAUUUCUAUCAGAAGAUGACGUUACUCAACACAAUGGAUCGUAUUCUUUAUGAGUCUCAGAGGCAGGGCCGUAUUUCUUUCUACAUGACCAAUUAUGGAGAGGAGGGCACACACAUUGGCAGUGCUGCGGCUCUUGAACCUACUGAUUUGAUCUUCGGCCAAUACCGAGAAGCUGGUGUGUUAAUGUACAGAGGCUUCCCUUUGGAUCUGUUUAUGGCACAGUGCUACGCCAACGCUGAUGACCUUGGCAAGGGCAGACAAAUGCCAGUUCACUACGGCUGCAAAGAUCUCAAUUUUGUAACCAUCUCCUCGCCACUUGCCACUCAGAUCCCCCAAGCUGCCGGGGCAGCGUAUGCAGUAAAGAGGGAAAACGCAAACCGUGUGGUGAUCUGUUACUUUGGAGAGGGGGCUGCCAGCGAGGGAGAUGCACAUGCUGGAUUUAAUUUUUCCGCCACCCUUGAGUGUCCUCUCAUAUUCUUCUGCCGCAACAACGGUUAUGCUAUCUCCACCCCAACCAAUGAGCAGUACAGAGGAGAUGGUAUUGCUGCUCGAGGUCCAGGAUAUGGACUGAUGUCGAUACGUGUAGAUGGAAAUGAUGUUUUUGCAGUGUACAAUGCUACGAAGGAGGCACGACGCAGAGCUGUGGCUGAAAACCAGCCGUUCCUCAUUGAAGCCAUGACCUACAGGAUCGGUCAUCACAGCACCAGUGACGACAGCUCUGCAUACCGCUCGGUCGACGAGGUGAACUACUGGGACAAGCAGGACCACCCCAUCUCUCGCCUGCGACAUUACAUGACCGCCCGAGACUGGUGGGGCGAGGACGAGGAGCGGGCCUGGAGGAAGCAGUCCCGAAAACUCGUCAUGGAGGCCUUUGAAAGAGCAGAGAAACGUCUGAAACCCAAUCCCGAGCUGCUGUUCACUGACGUCUACGAUGAGAUGAUUCCUUCUCUAGCCAAGCAGAGAGAAGCCAUGUGGCGGCACGUCCAGCAGUAUAAAGAGCACUACCCACUUGAUCUCUAUGAGAAAUAAUCUGUGAGCCGCAGACACAACUGGGAAAUGUCAUGCACAUGUCAGUUUGUUAGAAUUUUUCCGUUUCUACAUUUUUGUUGCAUUAAAAGCACAUAGAGUGAAAGAUGUAUUGUUAUCCUCCAUAUUUGCCACUAGAGGCCUCUGUACUGUCAUUUUGUGCCUUGGAAAAUGAUGUAAAAAGAAAGAAAUCAGUUGAAGAUCUUCUAUGCUGGCCUAAUGUAGCAAAUGUUCUCAUUGUUCUAAUAACCCAUAAGUACAGUAUCAGUACACUGGCAUAGUGUUAUCAAUCCACUCACUGGGGUUUCUUGGGUGAUUCCCAUGCUUUUUCUUGAAAAUCUGUGGAGAACAUCACUAAAUGUUCAGCAUUGAUUUCUCAUUUCUCCACAAAUAACACUAAUAUUCAUUGAAGGUGAUGUGAUUGUGACGCAUGCUUUGAGAAAUGGUCAUUUGUGUGUAUUAGUUACCCUCAGACUUUCCACUCCAAACUGAAAUAUUAAUAAGUAUAUAUAUAUACAACCUACUGCUGCUGUAAUAAUAAAUGGUUUGUGUCCCAUUAAUUUUCCUCCAACAGAUUAUGACUAUGAUAAUGUUAAUAAUGACAUUGUUUAGCUGUGAUUUUUAUUUUUUUUUUUUUUCCCGAUUGUUGAUAAUGAACUGAACAAACUUUCUGUGAGACUGACUCGACUGUUACAUGACAUGAUUGUUGUGUUUGAGGUUUAUUCUGAUUAGCUUUAGGGGUUUGUAAAUUGUAUUUUAAACAAUAAAAAAUGCUCACAAAAUGUAAUCACUGAUAGUGAAGUGCUUACUGAAUGUAGACUAUAAUAAAAAGUGCUUACUGUACGUAGCCUAUAUUAAAAAUGUUGUAUAGUGUUGAGGCGUAUUUUAUGGAAACAACGGUGGGUUUAAGUAUGUAAUAACUUGAAGCGUUAUACGGACUAAUAGCGACUGAAGCGUUAUACAGACUAAUAACAUUUCGUGUGUUGUGAAGAGUUCAUCAUGAAUGAGGGCUGAAUAAACUGGUAACUUUAACCCUUAACGAAAAUCAACCAUGUUUUGAUACACUAACGUAAUUCAAAGUAAACUUGAGGUCAGUGAAAAGA